AUGAGCCAACAACAACCACCACCGCGGAGACCUCAAGAACCCAUAAAAUACGGCGAUGUGUUCUCCGUGGAAGGCGAGUUGGCGGGGAAGCCGGUGGCACAGCAGGACGCAGUGAUGAUGCAGACAGCAGAGAAUUCGAUGCUGGGGAAUACGUUGAAAGGCUGUGCGGCGUCGAUCAUGCAGUCGGCGGCAGCGCAGAAUGAGAUGGCCGGUUUUGUUGGUCAUGAUGAUGUCACCGAUGCCAUUAGUGGCUCUGGUGUGACAAUCACCGAGAGUCAUGUUCCUGGCCACCGUAUAAUUACAGAGUCCGUCGGCGAGCAGGUUCUUGGGCAGUAUAGCAAACCAGCUCCACUAAUGCAGUCCACAGAACAACAAUCAACCAUUGAACAGGGUCAAGAUGGCUCUGGAGGUGGAAUUACCAUCGGUGAAGCGCUCGAGGCCACCACUCUUACUGCUGGACAGAAGCCUGUGGAAUGGAGUGAUGCAGCUGCAGUACAAGCAGCAGAGGUUAGAGCCACCGGACGCACCACCAUUGCCCCAGGAGGCGUUGCCGCAGCAGCCCAAUCCGCCGCAACACUCAACGCCCGGACUACAAGGAAUGAAGACAAGACAAAGCUGGCUAAUGUUCUUUCUAAUGCAACGGAGAAGUUACCAUCAGACAAGUCGGCUACGCGGAGAGACGCGGAAGGAGUGAGUGGUGCAGAGAUGAGGAAUGACCGAUUCCUCACUACACAUCCGGCCGGAGUAGCUGCUUCUGUAGCUGCUGCUGCUAGGCUUAAUGAGAGUGACAAAUAAUUAAGUAAUUUCGUAGUGAUGGUUAUUGUGUUUGUUUGGUGUUUCUUUUUUAGGUUUUAUGUGAGCAAGUACCAUCCUACUUCUAGUAUAAUGUACUUAUGUA